CGGAUCACUGAUCCACGGAAAGAGCCGAAGAUUGCCACCUGUCAGUGUCCAUCAGUGCCAUGUGUCAGUGCUCAUCCAUGCCAACUGCCAGUGCCCAUCAGUGCCACAUUUCAGUGCCUACCAGUGCACAUCAAUGCCACAUAUCAGUGCCCAUCUGAGCUGCCUUUCAGUGUCACCCAUCAGUGCCACCCAUCAAUGCCAGUCAGUGCCACCUAUCAGUGCUGCCAAUCAGUGCCACCUAUCAGUGCCAGUCAGUGCCACCUAUUAGUGCCAGUCAGUGCCGCCUAUCAGUGUGCAUCGGUGCCGCCUAUCAGUGCCUGUCAGUGCUGCCUAUCAGUGCCACCUAACAGUGCCAGUCAGUGCCGCCUAUCAGUGCCAGUGAGUUCCGCCUAUCAGUGCCAUAUAUGAGUGCUGCCUUUCAGUGCCCAUCACUGAUACCUGUCAAUGCCCGUCAGUGUCACCUACCAGUGCCUCCUCAUCAGUGCCACCUAUCAGUGUCCAUCAGUGCAGCCUAUCAGUGCCCAUCACUGCAGCCUCAUUAGCGCACAUCAGUGAAGAAGAAAAAUCACUUAUUUACAAAAAUUUGAUAACAAAAAUCAAGAAAAACUUUUGUUUCUAAAUUUUCAGUGGUUUUUGGUUUGUUUAACCA